CGGUCAUGUAUGUGAUCCUUUGAGGUAUGCAGAUCUCGGGUUGGAAAUGAAAGACUUUGCUUUCUGUGAUAAGUCACUUCCCUAUGAGGUUAGGGUGAAGGACCUCAUAGAUCGAAUGACACUGGUCGAAAAGGCCCGGCAGAUUGGUGAUACUGCGUAUGGUGUUUCUAGACUCGGCCUGCCUAAGUACGAGUGGUGGUCGGAGGCCUUGCAUGGCGUCUCUGACGUCGGAAUGAGCAAUAGCAGGGGAAGCUUCUUUGACGAAGAUGUUCCCGGUGCAACAAGCUUUCCCACUGUUAUUACCACAACUGCUUCUUUCAACGAGUCCCUCUGGAAACUUAUUGGUCAGACUGUUUCAACAGAAGCAAGAGCUAUGCAUAAUUUAGGGCAUGCAGGAUUGACAUUCUGGAGUCCUAACAUCAAUGUAGUGCGUGACCCUCGAUGGGGAAGAGCCCUAGAGACACCCGGAGAAGAUCCUUAUGUUGUAGGUACUUAUGCCGCUAACUAUGUAAGAGGUUUGCAAGAUGUUCCCGGAACAGAAAACGCCACGGAUUUGAACGCGAGGCCUCUCAAGGUUGCUGCAUGCUGCAAGCAUUACGCCGCCUAUGAUGUUGAUAACUGGAAAGGAGUUGAUAGAUAUCAUUUUGAUGCUAGAGUUACUGAACAAGAUAUGGUGGAGACCUUCCUUCGACCUUUUGAGAUGUGUGUUAAAGAUGGUGAUGUUACAAGUGUUAUGUGCUCUUACAAUCGUGUCAAUGGCAUCCCAACAUGCGCUGAUCCAAAACUUCUAAAAGACACCGUUAGAGGAGAAUGGGAUCUUCAUGGGUAUAUAGUUUCAGAUUGUGAUUCUAUUGAUGUGAUGUUAACCGGUCACCAUUGGCUCGAGGAUGGACCAGAGGAUGCUGUUGCACAAGCCCUAAAAGCAGGCUUGGAUUUGGACUGUGGAGCCUACUACACAAAUCAUACUAGCAAUGCAGUAGUUCAAGGGAAAGUUAGGGAAGCAGAAGUAGACAAGGCACUCAAAAACCUCUAUAUUGUGCUCAUGAGAUUAGGGUUUUUCGAUGGUAGCCCUCAAUUCAAGUCUCUAGGCCUGGCUGAUGUGUGCACUCAAGAACACAUCGAGUUAGCAGCCCAUGCGGCCAAAGAAGGAAUUGUUCUUCUUAAAAACGUCAAUGAAACUUUGCCUUUGAACCAUGCUAAAAUCAAAACCCUAGCAGUGGUUGGACCUCACGCCAAUGCCACCGAAGUCAUGAUUGGAAACUAUGCAGGUGUCCCAUGUCGAUACAAUUCUCCUAUCAGUGGCUUCUCUGAAUUUGGAAAAGUGAAAUAUGAAAAGGGAUGUGGGGAUGUGCAAUGCAAAAAUGAAACCUUCAUUUUCCCUGCCGUGCAAGCAGCACAGAAAGCUGAUGCAACCAUAAUUGUAGCGGGUAUUGAUUUGUCAAUUGAGGCCGAAGGAUUGGACAGGACAGAUCUCCUCCUACCUGGUUAUCAGAAACAAAUGAUCAACCAAGUUGCAAAUGCGUCUAGGGGUCCAGUCAUUCUUGUAAUCAUGUCUGCCGGAGGGGUCGACAUUUCUUUUGCUAAAAAUAAUCCUGACAUCGAUGCAAUCCUCUGGGCUGGGUACCCUGGUGAGGAAGGUGGCCUUGCUAUUGCAGAUAUUGUUUUCGGAAAACACAAUCCAGGAGGAAGAUUGCCACUUACAUGGCAUAAAGCAGACUAUGUUGAUAUGCUACCCAUGACAUCCCUAUCACUAAGGCCGGUUGACAGCUUAGGCUACCCCGGUAGAACAUAUAAGUUCUUCAAUGGCUCCACAGUCUACCCAUUCGGAUAUGGACUCAGCUACACCCAGUUCAACUACACAAUUGCACCCUCUAACAAUUCACUCAAAAUUAAGUUAAACCGGCUCCAACAUUGCCGGAACUUGAACUACACAGAGGGUGCUUACAAGCCUCCAUGCGCGGCAGUUCUAAUCGAUGACUUGAAGUGCAAUGACGAUAUUAAGUUCGAAGUUCAAGUCCACAAUGUGGGGAAGAGAGAUGGAAGUGAAGUAGUUAUGGUCUAUUUGAGCCCUCCAGAGGGCAUUGCUGCUGCUCCUAUCAAGCAGCUCAUUGGGUUUCAAAAAGUGUUUGUUUCGGCCGGUGGAAGUGAGAAGGCUAAGUUUGUCUUGAAUGUUUGCAAGAGUUUCGGCCUUGUUGAUUACACUGGUUACCGUCUUUUGCCGGCUGGUCGGCACACCAUCACGAUCGGAGAUGGAGAUAGUGCAGUCUCAGUCCCAGUUGAAGUUGGCUUGGAGCAUUAAUAAAAUGUCAUGAUUAUUUAGGGUUUUUUUUAUUAGAAUUUGUUAUUUUUAGUUUUUGAUUAGUACCUUAAUAAUAGGAAUAAGUUAUAGUUGUUCAUACAACAAUGUUUCUAGCUGGUGGAAGGAAUUACAUUUUAGAUUAAAUGAGCAUUUUCAUAUUAUUAAUAUAUGAUGAGUUCUUGGAUUUGACCCUAUCUGGUAUUAGAGCAUGGGAAAAUUUAAAAUCUCAAUACUUAAUUUUGUUUAUUUUUUAAAAAUGCUAUUCCCUCGGUCCCAUUUUGGAUGUUUGGGAACUUAAAAAUAUACAAAAACACUUUUUAUGUUUUUUGAUGGUCCAAAAUACCCCUCUCUACAUU